GUUAGACGUCACGCGUGCCUAUCUUUCAGGGUGAAGAUACAGGCAAUGUCAUACAGCUUUCCUCAUCAUCACGACUAAAAAUUCGCCGUAUCUUCUAACAAAUAUUAUUGACAGCACUUGGAAAAAUAAUUAGAGUAGAAUCGCCCUGACUGCCAUAUAAAGCGCUGCACUCUAGUAGGAGCAUUGGGUGCUGUCCAAGGUACUGAACUCUUCCAGCCCAGCUUUACUCUAUUACAUGCCAACUGGUAGCUCCUGACACCCGGUUCCAGCACUCAUCAACGCACGAAUUUAAAGCCAUGGAUGAGGGUUAUAGAGACCGCUCAGCCUUCAUUAAAGGCGCUAAAGACAUUGCCAAAGAGGUCAAAAGGCAAGCAGGUAAAAAGGUGGGCCGCCACGUGGACAAGGUGGGAGAUGAGUACACCAAGCGCUCUUACACUCGCUUCGAGGAAGAAGACGAUGAUGAUGACUACCCAGUGCAGGCCCAGGACGGCAGCUAUUACCGUAGCAACAGCAGGGCCAAUGACGACGAAGGGGCUCACAGCGACUCUACAGAAGGUCAUGAUGAAGACGACGAGAUAUACGAAGGUGAAUACCAGGGCAUCCCCAGAAAUGACUCAGUGGAAAAGGCAGACAGGCAGGUGGGUGGUGUGGGACAGUCGCAGUUCCGGGACACAACGCAGUACGAGGGGGAGAGGAGAAAGGACCAGGAAGAGUUGGCCCAGCAGUACGAGACCAUUCUCCAGGAGUGUGGCCAUGGGCGUUUCCAGUGGACCCUCUACUUUGUGCUGGGUCUGGCCCUCAUGGCAGAUGGUGUGGAGAUCUUUGUGGUGGGCUUCGUACUGCCCAGUGCUGAGAAAGACAUGUGCUUGUCAGAGCCCAACAAAGGAAUGCUGGGUCUUAUUGUAUACCUGGGUAUGAUGGUGGGUGCCUUUGUGUGGGGAGGUCUGGCUGACAGAAUCGGGCGCAGACAGACACUACUCAUCUCUCUCUCCAUCAACAGUGUAUUUGCUUUCUUCUCCUCUUUUGUCCAAGGAUACAGCUCCUUCCUGUUCUGUCGCCUGCUCUCCGGUGUGGGGAUUGGUGGUUCGAUUCCCAUCGUGUUCUCAUAUUACUCUGAGUUCCUGGCUCAGGAGAAGCGUGGUGAGCACUUGAGCUGGCUCUGUAUGUUCUGGAUGAUUGGAGGCAUCUACGCUUCAGCCAUGGCCUGGGCCAUCAUUCCCCACUAUGGCUGGAGCUUCCAGAUGGGAUCAGCCUAUCAGUUUCAUAGUUGGCGAGUGUUUGUGCUGGUGUGUGCGUUCCCCUCCGUCGCUGCUAUCGUGGCGCUAACCACCAUGCCAGAGAGCCCUCGCUUCUACCUUGAGAACGGGAAACACGAUGAAGCUUGGAUGAUUCUGAAACAAGUCCAUGAUACCAACAUGAGAGCAAAGGGCUACCCAGAAAGGGUCUUCUCAGUCACCACCAUUAAGACGGUGAAACAGAUGGAUGAGUUGGUUGACAUGGGUGGAGAGGCCACAGCCUGGCAUCAGCGCUGGAAGAUCAAACUCACCAACCUCUUUCACCAGGUGUGGAGCAACUUCCUGACAGUCUUUAAUCCAGAGUACAGGAGAAUUACCUACAUGAUGAUGGCUGUGUGGUUUUCCAUGUCCUUCAGCUACUACGGUUUGACUGUUUGGUUUCCUGACAUGAUCAAAUACCUGCAGAAACAAGAGUACUCCUCACGCACCAGAGUCUUCAUCAAAGAGAAAGUGGAGCAUGUGACGUUUAACUUCACACUGGAGAACCAGAUCCACCGGAAUGGAGAGUACUUCAAUAACAAGUUCUUGAAUUUAAGGAUGAAGUCUAUGGUAUUUGAAGAUUCCCUGUUUGAGGAAUGCUACUUUGAGGAUAUCACGUCAAGCAACACCUUCUUCAAAAACUGCACCUUCAUUUCCACCCUCUUCUACAACACUGACUUGUUCAAGUACAGGCUGAUCAACAGCAAACUCAUUAACAGCACUUUCCUCCACAACAAAGAAGGCUGUAUGUUGGAUUUCAGCGAUGAGAAUAAUGCCUACAUGAUCUACUUCGUCAGUUUCCUUGGCACACUCGCUGUCCUGCCUGGAAACAUCGUGUCUGCUCUCCUCAUGGACAAGAUUGGACGUCUAAGGAUGCUGGCGGGUUCCAGUGUGAUUUCCUGCAUCAGCUGCUUCUUCCUGUCAUUUGGAAACAGCGAAUCAGCUAUGAUCGCUUUGCUUUGUCUCUUUGGGGGCAUCAGCAUUGCAUCCUGGAACGCCCUGGAUGUACUAACAGUGGAACUGUACCCCUCUGACAAGAGAACUACAGCCUUUGGAUUUCUGAAUGCCCUGUGUAAGUUAGCUGCAGUUCUGGGCAUCAGUAUCUUCCAGUCAUUCGUGGGCAUCACCAAAGCAGUGCCCAUCCUCUUCGCAUCGGGGGCUUUGGCUGUUGGAAGCUUCUUAGCUCUAAAGCUUCCUGAAACUCGUGGCCAAGUGCUUCAAUAGUCCAGCCAGCAGGUGGCGAUGUUUAAGUAGGGAAUGCUCGACAGUGUCGCCCAACCCCAAACCCUGUCCGUGAGUGAUGCUUGAAGCGGCUGAAACAAACCCCAUAUUUACAGAUCAGAUAAAGAUAUCUUAAUUACUCCAAUGGGUGCAACUGUAAUAUUAUUUGAUUUUAACUUGACCUCAUUCAACUCUAUAUGUAUAAAUGUAUUCCCUGGCAUCUUGGGGAAGGAAUAACAAGUGAGCCACCCACUCAUUCUAUGUUUCCAUACAGCAGAUAAUUUUUUUUUUCUUUAAUGAAUUGACCCCUUGACCCACUUCUGAUGUAUUAUUGUCUGCAGGAAUAUUAGAGACCCUUUGUAUGUGUAAAAAACCUGCCAUGUUAAACACAUUCCAGCUUUACGUUCUUUAUGGUAAGAAUGUGAAAAUUAACAUAAUCAGUUUGACUUUCCCUUUAAUCUUUGUCCAAGCCAUCGUGUGAUCUGAACCAUCAUUGAGGACCCGUGACAUCAUUAGGUAGAUAUAUUUGAAUGGACAGUGUUGAUCUAGUGGUGCUGGUGAUGGUUCUUGUUGUUGCUUUGUUUGAGUCCUUUGUGUCCCAAGAACAACAUUUUUUAGAUUGUGGGCGAUGCCAUAAUUGUCUGCAAUAUCGGCUCAAGCACUCCUCACUUCUCAAGUUUAGACGUUUCAGUGAAAUUACUGCUAGAGUCACAUUAUUAUAGACGAUCUGUAUCAUCGGUGCACUCGUUUUUGGUUCCGUUCCAUCAGAAAAAUACCGUUGUUCUUUCAAGAUGUCUGAUUAUUGAAGGUGUUGUGCAUGUAAUGACGUGUGAAUUCAUAAGUAUAUGCUUAAAGAUAGUUAACAUAACUGACGAAAGUGCUCUGUAUUUCUAUACCCUAACCAUGAUUCUUUGGACAUAAUGUAAAAUGUCAGAUAUGUGACGAUGAUGGGGUUGUCAUUUUUAUUGUCUAGACAAGGCGAACAGCUUUCUGAGCUUUGCCAUUGUCCAUAUUUUGCAUUAUUAUUAUUAUUAUUGAUUUAGUAUGCUAACAACAGAACAUACUGUUUGUGUUCCUACUGAUAUCCACAGAGUAGUUUCAGUUGAGUCCCUUUGAAUGUGCGCAAACAAUGAGACUACAGUUACAUCGGCGCAUCAUCUCAUCUAAAACAUUCAUUCAAGACAAGCGUAAAAACUAAAGGAGAAAAUAAAUAAAUGAAGCACAAAGUGAUUUGAUUAAACUAUCAAAAACAAUGGGUUUAUUUUGAUGAUUAUGUACAUUAUGCAUUGAAUAUAAAUAUAUUAACAUUAGCUUUGAAUCAAGUCUGUCUGUUUGAACACUCAAGCUAAUAUUAAAUAUACAAACAUAUAUACAUAAGAAAAAAAGCUUUCAUGUUCAGGUGUUGAACUAGUACCUAUAUGUCUUAGAUCGCCUUUGAUGUAUGUAUAUACAGUUAUUAAGGGAUUUAAUUUUUUUGAACAAAGUAAAUAUAUUAAAAAAGUGACUGAUUAAGUCCAUACACUGAUUUGCAGCACACACAGACACCCUCAUUCAUGUUUUCUCACGUUCUUGUAAAGAAACAGAGGUAUCCGUCUGUAUGUGAGUAUGUGUGUACGGUUUGUAUGGAAGUAUGUGUGCGCUUGCAUGUGAAAUGUUGAGUGUUCUCUAAAUAUUUGUAUUUAUUUAUAUAACUGUUUAUGAGAGUUUGGUUUUAUAGUAUUUUUUACUUUAUCUGUAGAAACAGAUGUAGUGCCACAUGCAGGGUGAAAAUAUUGCUGUAUCAUUGUUAACCUGAUGUUCAAAAUACUAUGGUGACUUGUUAACAGUAAGUGAAUAUAGCAUCAAAAAACAAGAGAUUUUAAUUGAAGGUCUGUGUUGAAGAAAUUAAAUAAAAUGGUUGCAUUUGACGGGUAACAAAAAACGAGGGUAUCUUAUUAGGACAAGCAGUAAACAAGUUGUGAUAUUUGUCCAAUUCUGCUAUGUUUUACCAAGCAUAAUUAUUACUAGCUCCAUGGAGAGCUGUUUUUUCCUGUUAAGUAAACAGAUAUUGAAGCAAAAAUUUCAGAAAAGAUAAAACCCCACCUGGUUGAAAGCAAUUUUUCAGUCUCCGAUGUUUCUGAAUGCUGUUAACGUUUAAACUGCAACAGUUUUUUGGUGUCAUUCAACGUUCUUUACUGCCGUUUUGUAGGAUAGCAGCCAUACUAUGUGUUCAGAGUAGACACCACGAUACAACAGUCCAUUUUUUAGAUUUAAAAAUACUUUUUUGUUUUAAAUGCACACAAAUAAAUGUAAUCAAAGUGGUUACCUAGCCUAACACAUGAUUCAUUUUAGGCACAAAUGGAACUUUUCAAGCACUUAAAAUGGUUGUAAAGGCAUUACACUUCAUUUCAAUUGGAGAAAGUUUUCAAAUGAAAUGUUCUAGAAACUGCCGUCCCUGUCGUGACCUUUGGUCAGCAGAAUUAGUGUCACAGAUGCUGUAGUGACAAUCCUUAUGUGUGCCAUGUGUGACAGUGCGCAUCUUUAAUUGCCAAAUAUUUUCUACGUCCUCAGUUUGUACUGGCAUAUCCCACAUCACGGCAUGUAGAAAAAAAUAACACGGUUUGUAAUACACUGACAUUCUAGCAGUGUGUGUGGCAAUCCAAGUAAGCAAAAAAAACAACAACAACAAAAAACAUAUAGACACAAAUAUAAACGAUUAAAUAAAAGUUUUGUGGUUUAUAAACGUAUCUCUUAAUCAGGUCUUAAAAGUGCUUUACUCAGAUGGGACACACAUUAAAAACAAAAUGUUGUUCUUGAAUAUUAUAGAAAAAAUUAUCUCUCUUAAAUGAAAGUUUACUCACCCUCAUGUCAUUCCAAACCCAUAUGCCGUCAAGAACUGUCUUUGUAUGGAAAAGAUCUGCGUGAAGAUUCUUCAAAAAUGUUACUUUUCUGCUCCACUUUCAGAUUAAUCAGCAUACAGGUUUAGAACGAUAUGGAUGAGAGUAAAUCAUGUUUUGCGGGAUACUAUUUCUCUAAUAUUCAUGUGCAAGUUGGUUACAAUUAGUAGAUACUUUAAACAUUAAAACAUGAAAGAUUUGCUUUGUAAGUGAGCUAUAUAACUGUUAGUACGCAUCACUGUCAAAAUGGCCCAUUUUGCCAUUUCUUCCACAUCUAAACAUAUUCUUAUCUAAAAUCAAAUGUGUCGCCAUUGUUCCCUUCAUUGAAAUACAAAUGAGUAUGUCAUAACUGCUGUUGUAUGCUGUGAAAUGCUGAAUUACAGUAACUAAUCUCAGCGAAGCUGUAUAACUUCUCUCUGUGUAAAACAGCCCUAGAUUUGGUGCACUUCAUCACAUAAGAUUGUGUACUGGUUGUACGACUUUGGGUUUUGUUACAGGGUCUUUUGUAUUUCUGAUAAAUAUGUGUUUACUUAGCAACAAUCAAAUCUUGUGUGCAAAAAGAAAUCAAAGCAAUAAGUGGUAAACAUGUUUCUUUGCUCUGCCCCCAAACUAUUGGGAAAGAAGCACACAAAAUGUUCGCUGGCCACAUUCAAUGAAACAGCAGAUGUUUAACAGCUGAAAGAAAAAAAGGCCAACAUCCGUGUACUCUACAAAUAUACCAUAGGUCUUCUGAUGCUUUUGUCAGUUUAAAUGUAAUGCCAUUAUUUAAAUGUGACAGAGAGUUUAUCACCUUAUCAUUGUACUGUGCUGUAGAGAUUGUAGUUGUUUGUAUGUAAAAGUAUAAAUAUGUGGAACAAUAAAACAAAAAAGAUAAAAAAAAAAAAAAUGUUGAAUAUGAGAAAUAGAGUACUACUAUAUGUUGUUCAUUUUGUGAUUUUUUAUUUUUUUUUUUAACAUGAGAAUGGAAAUGACGUUGACAUUAAUUAUUGUUGAAUAUAGAGACUAUUCCAUCCUUACCAACAUGGUUCUGUAUUACGGUUUGUGAGAGAUUUACUUUCAUUUUCUGACUCGUAUGUGGGGCAUUGGACUGCGCUUGCGCAGUAAAAACUGUCCCUCAAUGGAUUUAAAAAAAUACGAAUAAUAAAACAAAUGCUAUAAUGCUUGAAUA